GAUGAUGCGCCGAGCGCCUAAAGUUCCCACGCUGUGUGAUCUUACUGUGACCUUAUCAGAGAUUUCAUUCAGCACUCCGCUUAGUAUAAUCUCGCGUUUGACAGUGAUAAGUGUGCAAUUGACUCUCUUCGCGGACAAUCAUGAAGUGCCACACCGUGGAAGUUGUCUAGUGUCAUCACUUUCCCCCCUGCUCAAUACAAUUGUCCGUGAAGAUAAGGAUGCCUCAAGUAGCUUCUCUGCUGAUCUGUUCAACGUGAAAUUGCCGUGAAGACUGCGUGAUUUCCCAUGCAAAUUGUAUAGUUUCUCCGUCGCCAUGCACGGAAUCAAGAGGGUGUGCAUCUUCUGCAUGCUCACCACCCUCCUGCCCGCCAUCCUGAUCAUCCUGCCACUGUACCUGAGACACAGCCGCUUCGCAGAUGUCUCCUACUCACUCGCCGAGUCGGACAUUGUGGAGAUCAAGGAGGGCAUCUCCACGAUCUUCUGCGAGCAGCAUAUCCUCCGCAUGAACACCUCCUUUCACGCCGUUCAGCUCACGCACAGUCCGGAGAUCUCGAAGAAGCGACGCAAGCACAUCCGCCUGAAGAAGUCCAUGACGCUGCCCGACGACACGCUGGAGUACUGGGGCUUCUUCCUGCUCAAGGGCGCUUCCGUGGCGCUCAAGGUGUGCUCGCGCUUCGACGGCUCGCGCAUUCUGGUCGUCAAGGGCGAGCGAAACCUCAAGACGUGUGGCCUACAGGACCACAACAAGAACAAGCCUAAUGGUGCGAAUCUCGGCAACGGACUGGGCACUGUGAGUGUGACCUUUGAGACGGUGGCGGAGGAGGUGCACGACGAUCUGCCCAAGUCAUUCUCCUCCGAGGAGGCGAAGAUUGAGGAGAUGGCGAGGCUCAAAGAGGCGGCGGAGAAGUUCAUCAAGAAUCACCCCAAAUCGAUGCUCGCCGAGACGAUUCUCGAGCUCAAAGCCAAUCACACUGUUCGCACGCGACGGGAUCUGGUGCUGGACAGGCGGAUAAAUCACGGCGGAACAGCGCUGAACUACACGGAGGAGGACUCAGACUCCGUGUCCAGCUUCGAGAAUGGCCUCCUCACGUGCUACGACGGGCAGAUUCUGGUGUCGCAGAGCUUUCCGCCCAGCACGCAGUGCACGAGCGUGAAGUUCCUGGAAAAUGGCACGCACAUGGUGAUGAAGCAUGAUGCCACAGCCGAUGGCUACUACUACUACAUCUUCUAUAGUGACAACGAUCUCGUGAGCAACGACAUCAAUGCGAUCUUCGACAUCCACAAGCCAACAUUCCAGUAUUCGCGGCGCGAGGGCUCGAGGGACUGCGUGAACAGCACCACUUGCGUCUUUCCCAUUCACUUCUUCUCCGACGAGACGGUGAUCGUGGAAGUGCCGACGCGGGACGGCAUUGAGCACGAGGACGAGGACUUCACCACGCUGAUCUCGUCCUGCAAGCCCCGGAUGGCGGUUUAUGUGAUCUUCCCCAUUGCCAUUCUCUUCCUCCUGGUCACGUGCAGCUUCAUGUAGACUUACUCCUUGCCAUGUGUUGUCCAUCCACUUUUACUGUACUUGUAUAAAAGACAUAUUUUACAUAUCAAAUACGUUACUUGGAAGGCUUUUCAAUGGCAUGUGCGCUGCUUAUGCUUCCAUCGCGCGUAUGCUGCACACGAUAUCCCGCCUUGCGGCUGUCAAUGCGAGUCAAUAUUUGAUUAGGAAGCUAUUCUUCUGC